AUGGGUUCCUUUCGCCCUCUCGCGCCCACACUCACGGGAUCAAGCGGCCCGCCGGUUCCUUCGGCACCGCUCGGUUCAGUCCCGAGCGGAUCCCCGCGGCCCCUUGCCCAGCCGGAAGGAGGGCCCGGGCCGGCGGCGGCGCCACGUCCCCAAGGAAACCGCAGGGAGCCAAUGACUGACAGAAGACCCACAGAGAGGGGCCGGCUCUUCAGGAGCCGAACCGGGGGCGAACCAGCUCAGUCAGCAGCACGUCCGUCCGCCAGGGUGGCCAAUCCCCUAGACCGGUUGGCCUCUAAUGCCCGCCCCGGGACUUUGAGUCGCGCCCAAUCGGAAAGGCGUCGUACCGAGGCUCCGCCUGCAGGGCCCGCGGUGAGCUCACAGAUGCGUGUUAUGAUUGCGCCUAUCAGUAGCCACCGCACUCCAGCCUCGGCAAUAUAGCAAGAUCCCAUUUCUUUAAAAAAAUUUGUAUAAUGAGAGAGAAAGAAGAGAAGGCCCCCUUUCUACUUCCAGGUGUGAUCUUUUUGUUGUUGUUGUUUUUGAGAUGGGUCUCACUCUGUUAC